AUGACUUUUCCCCCACCUGCUCUACCCAUCCCGUCCACACCUGCCAGCGCUCCGGAACCUGCUAGAGUUCCUGGAGACGGGAAUAGCUGCCUACAGAUGAGUAGAGACCUGCCGACCCUGCCCCUGCUGCUGCCUUCGGCGGCCGACUGCAUGGAAUACGAUAUUGAGGACCGGGUGCUCGUUCUCAACGACAGCAACUUCGACGUGGCCAUAAAGGAGCACAAGAAAGUGUUCGUCUUGUUCUGCCUCACCUUCGAGAAGUGCGAGGCCCUGGCAGCCGAUUGUGCCAAGGCUGCUAAGCAGUUAGAGGAGGAAGGCUCGGACAUCAAGUUGGCCAAGGUGCAUGGCAACUACGAGUCCCAGCUAAUUUGGCAGUACGGGCAUGUCUUCCCGAGGCUCACGUUUUUCCGCGACGGACAACUGGUCGAGUACAAAGGUAGCUGCACGGUAGAGGAGAUGACGCAGUGGGUUAAGAAGACCGAAACCCCGGCUCGGCUACUAACUACAGUGGACGAUGCCAGGGCCUUCGUGGACAGCGCGAACGUCACCGUCAUGGGCUUCUUCAAGGACCAGACGAGCAUGGAGGCCAAAGAAUUCCUCAAGGCUGCGUAUACCAUCGAACAGCACCCUUUUGCGAUCACUUCGGAGGACGCAGUGUACAAAGAGCUUGGUGCCAGCAAGGACGGAGUCGUGCUCUUCAAAAAGUUUGAUGAGGGCAAAAACACUCUCACAUUGAAGCCUACCCGUGACAAGAUUCGGUCAUUCGUCGCUAUGAACAGCCAGCCCCUGGUUGUGGAGUUGACGCGGGAAAAUACCCAGGACUUGCUUAGAGGCCCGAUUCAACAGUACAGCCUGCUCUUCUUCACCAAGGACAUUGCCAACUUGAAGGAAGUUAUGGAGAACUUCAGGGAGGCUGCUGCUGCAUUCAGGCUCCAGGUUGUCUUCGUGGCCAUCGACAUUGAUCAGGAGAACCUCGAGAUCCUCCUCAUGUACUUCCAGAUCUGGAAGGACGACGUUCCUGCCCUGCGCUUCGCCAAGCGCGAGGGUGCCGGAGUUACCAGCUUCAAGCCCGACACGAAUUCGCUCGAGGUCGAGGACAUCAAGAGCUUCGUCCAAGGCGUGCUGGACGGCAGCAUCAAAGACGACCCCCUGUUACCGUUUAUGCGGUACUCGAACGUCCCUUUUGCCCAGGUUGUCACGCAAAAGAACUUUGACGAGGUCGUCUUCGACAAAACCAAGGACGUCCUGGUGCUAUUUUACUCGCCCUGGUGCAACCUCUGUGACCGUCUGGCGCAGAUCUACGAUUCGUUGGCCCACGAGUACAAGGACCACAAGAACUUGCUCAUCGCCAAGAUGGACGCCACGACCAAUGAGCUUGAGCACACAGAGUUCCACAGCAUCCCCACCUUGAGGCUGUACAAGAAGCAGACCAAUGAGGCGAGUUUCUGGGCAAAUGUCUGCUGUCUAUAUGCUGCCGAAGUUACGUGA